CCCACAACACCUAUCUCCAUUAACCGCUCACAACAUGACUUCCCCCAUCCCCGCCAAAACCACCCAACUCCCCCCGGGCAUCUUCUGCCCCGUAAUCUCUCUCUUCAAACCCACCCGCGAACAAGAAAUCGACCCCGACGCCUCCUACAAAUUCUUCCGCUAUCUCAUCCGCAGCGGCAUCCACGGACUCGUCCUCGCCGGCACCACCGCCGAAGCUGUCCUCCUCUCUCCCCCCGAACGACAAGAACUCCUACGAACCGCUCGACGCGCUGCACUGGACCUAGGGUUCGAGAAGUACCCCCUCGUCGCCGGCAUCAGCGGGCAAUCCGUGAACGAGACACUGCGUCUCGCCGACGAAGCCCGUCAAGCGGGCGCAGACUACGGCCUCUUGUUACCUCCGAGCUACUGGCCGAAAGCGGUAACGAAAGAUGUGCUCAUUGAUUUUUAUACCGAGGUUGCGGAUAGUGGGAUUCUCCCUAUUGUUAUCUACAGCUUCCCCUCCAUCACCAACGGAAUUGACCUCUCCUCCGACACAAUCUCCACCCUCGCCACGCACCCCAACAUCACCAGCGUAAAACUCACCUGCGGCAACGCGGGAAAAGUCACCCGGUUGACCCACGAAUACACGCACGCGCAAUUCGCCGUCUACGCGGGGUCCUCGGACUGGUUGAUCCCGUGUCUGAGUGGUGGGGGGUCGGGGUGUGUGACUGGUGUGGCGAAUGUGUUUCCCAAAUGUACGGUCAGACUGUUUAAUUUGUGGAAGAGUGGGGAGAUAGACGAGGCGAGGAAGUUGCAGGGGUUGAUUGCGUUGGCGGAACGGGCGUGUAAGGAGGGCAUUGCGCCGACGAAGUUUGCGGCGGCGUAUUUUGCGGGGCCUAGGGCGGGGGGGUUGGAUUUGGAGGCGUUUUGGCCGCGCAGGCCGUAUCGGCCGUCUGAGGAGAAGGUGAGGGAGUGGGUGGUGGGGGUGAUGAGGCCGUUGGUGGAGAUUGAGGGGGGACUGCCGGAUGUU